CUCCUCUCUCUCUCUCUCUCUCUCCCUCACCCCCCUAUUGGAGUACAGAUUUUUCGUAAUGUUGAAAGCGACAGACUGCUUUAGAAAAUGCCAGGUGCCCACUUGAAUUGGAUUAAGGACUACACCUCUCACUGGGAGUCGGAACAGCUGAACCUGCUUUCUAGUUUGGCUGGGAGCGCCGAGCUCAUUUCUGCCAAACGGGGCAAUGGGAUCACACAGAUGUAAGAAGUUCAGUGCGUUCAAAUGCGAAUUCUUCUGUUUCUUGCGUACUUCGACCACCAACUAACGGAAAAAUAUUAAAGAUAUCGAGAAAGGCAGUUUGAAUUUUCUAAUCAUAAAAAUGAUCUGCUGAAUCGAAGUGAAGGGAAGGGGGAAAAUGAGAACGGGAAUGAUUCAGGUUUGCACAUGGAUACAGAAACGUGACGCGUGUUGGGAAUACUUGCCACAUUGAGAUUGGACAUUGAAGCAUUGCUUCAGUAAACUUUCAUAGACUUCACGGACUGAGGAUAUAUGGUUUUAGAGACCCGAGUGUAAAAUGGAACUGAAACAUUUUUCUGUUCUGCUGAAAGCCUGGUUUUUAAUGAUCCUGACUGAAAAAGCAUUUGCUGUGGCACAGAAGACUCAAGAGCUCCAAAAUUUAGGAGGAAAGUUAAAAACACCAGCUCAUUGUGGAACCUGGAUUAGAAACCUUAAUGGUGGAUUGUUCACUUCUCCAAACUAUCCUGAUACAUAUCCCCCAAACAAGGAAUGUGUUUACAUUCUGGAAGCUGCACCACGUCAAAGAAUUGAGCUGAACUUUGAUGAACCUUAUUAUAUUGAACCUUCUUUUGAAUGUCGUUUUGACCACCUUGAAGUUCGUGAUGGUCCUUUUGGCUUUUCACCACUCAUUGAUCGUUUCUGUGGACAGAAAAGUCCUGGUUUAGUGAGAUCAACUGGCAGAUUCAUGUGGAUUAAGUUCACAAGUGACGAGGAACUUGAAGGCCUUGGAUUUCGAGUUAAAUACGUGUUUGUGCCAGAUCCAGAUGUAAUUUAUUUGGGUGGAAUUUUAAACCCUAUUCCAGAUUGCCAGUUUGAACUUUCUGGACCUGAUGGAAUCAUUCGCUCAAGUCAAGUGGAGCAUGAUGACAAAGUCAAACCCGGUCAAGCUAUUGAUUGUAUUUGGACAGUUCGAGCACCACCUAAAGCCAAAAUUUAUCUGAGGUUUCUUGAUUACCAAAUGGAGCACUCCAAUGAAUGCAAAAAGAAUUUUGUGGCUAUAUAUGAUGGCAGCAGCGCCAUUGAAAAUUUGAAGUCCAAGUUCUGCAGUACAGUGGCGAAUGAUAUGAUGUUGGAAACGGGGACUGGCGUAGUAAGAAUGUGGGCUGAUGAAACCAGCAGGCUUAGCCGUUUCAGAAUGCUCUUCACCUCCUUUGUAGACCCUCCCUGUCCCAGCAACACCUUCUUUUGUCAUAGCAACAUGUGUAUCAAUACGACUCUGGUCUGCAAUGGUAUUCAAAACUGUGUUUAUCCAUGGGAUGAAAACCAGUGUAAAGAAAAAAAGAGCACUGGCCUGUUACAGCAGAUAACAAAAACGCAUGGCACUAUUAUUGGUGUGUCUUCAGGUAUAGUACUGGUGCUGCUCAUCAUUUCCAUUUUGGUUCAAGUGAAGCAGCCCCGCAAGAAAGUUCUGACUCGGAAACCUGUAUUUAACAAGUCUGGCUUCCAGGAGGUAUUUGAUCCUCCACAUUACGAGCUGUUCUCUCUGAGAGACAAAGAGAUCUCAGCAGAUCUGGCUGAUCUCUCAGAAGAACUUGACAACUAUCACAAGAUAAGACGGUCCUCCACAACUUCACGUUGCAUCCAUGACCAUCACUGUGGCUCUCAACCAUCCAGCAUUAAGCAGAGUCGCACAAACCUUAGCUCUAUGGAUCUUCCAUACAGAAAUGACUUUUCUCAACCUCAGCCCAUGAAGACUUUCAAUAGCACCUUCAAAAAAAGUUGCUAUGGUUACAAACAGACACAUGACUGUGCAGAAGAGGUCAUAGAAGACAGAGUGAUGGAGGAGAUCCCAUGUGAAAUAUAUGUGCGAGGAAGCAGAAACAGUGAUGCAGUGCAGCGUUCAAUGUCAAUUGACUUUUGAAAAACAAGCUACCUGAGAUGACUGAAACACAUGCAUUGUAAUUUUUUAUUUCUGCUCGCUAAAGGAAUUUUCAGUAUGUGCUGUCUGAAGAGUACAUUUUUUAUCUGACGAGGAUGGUUCUUAUUUGAAGGACACAUUAUUUUAAUAUUCGACAUAAUGGAAAUUUUCUGAAAGGCUAAAUUCUAUAGGUGUUUAUUUUUUCUUUUUGGUCUUUUUUGGAUAUCAUUGCUCGGUUAAAGACUUUUUGCACUGGUUAAAAUGAAAAUAAAAGUACAAUAAUGUAAAUACUAAUGUCUAAAUUAAAACCAGCCCCAGCUCUGGUGUUCGGAAUGCUCUUGUAGGUAUUUUUUUUUAAUAUACAUUGAUGAAUUCCAUGUUUGCAAGUCUUACAAAUGUUAGAAAACUCAGUCAUCUGUAUGUGUAUUUGUCUUUCAUUGUUUCAGUCUUCAUUAUCUUAUUAUGAUUAGAUCCUCUUAUUUUUAAAGGAUAACUGCGAUGUUGUGCUCCUUAAAUUAGGCAAAAUUAUUGGCAUUCUUCUUAGCUGAAUAAUACAAGUCCAGAAUUUUACCACAUAGUGAUAUCCAUGAGAUCAUACCCACUACAGAUGCCUACCAUGUUUAUCAAUAGUUUAUGGUCGCACUGACCCACCUUUUUACCUUUGUUCUUUUACAUUUUAAUGGAGCAUACUGAUUAUGAGGCCUACAUUGGAAUACUGGUGCUUAUCCCGUCAGUACAGGUCACAAGAUGAGAACCAAACCUGGCAAGGUGCAAGUCCUUCACAGAGCCCUUACUCACUGUGCAUGGCCAGUUUAGUGUCACCAAUAAACCUAAUAUGCGUGUUUUUUAGAAUGUGGAGGGAAGAGUGAAUUAUUGUAUAAAAUCCAUGCAGACAAGGGAAUAACAUGCCAGUUCCACACCGACAGUGCCCAAAUCUGGAAUUCAAAAACAGGAUUCUGGAGCUGUGAAGUCAGAAUAUUUCAUCUAAUUACUAGUGAUACCCAGUCCUUCUCAGGAUACAAUAAUAUGGUUUCUUUUUCUUGUACCAACUAGGUAUAGGUUCCUCCUUUUGUGUACCAGUAUUUCAAUUUCUUCUUUGUUCAUGUCCAUAUUUGAGUUGUAUAUAUAUAUAUAUAUAUCUAAAGAGCUAGUGAAAAGUAUUAUACACGAGUGAAUCUGUUGAAUGACCUCAGUUUUCUUCACAUUACUAGUUUCUUUCUUUUAUUUUAUCCUAGAUUGCCAUAUACUGCAGUAAUGAUUUAAACUUAUUUUAUAAGAAUAUAGUAUGCCAAGGUGCCUAAAAAUUAGGAUCCACAGUGUCUUGCCUUUUUUAAAUUGAUACAUACUUGCUGUAUAUUUCUUCCUCAUCUGAUUAUCAUGUCCUUCAGUUUUGAAAUGACAAGCCUCCCUUUUUAAGCACAUCAAACUGAUAGUCAUUUAUCAUCUUUCCAUUUAGGUCUUAUAUGUUAAAUGACUUGCUAAAAUACCUCCUUUAAUGAAAAUG